CUACUCUACCAUCGUAGCAGCCACGACUCUAGCCACACCCUACUCCAGCCUCAUCCCGUCCCUGAGCUUGAUCAUGCGUAGUUGAUGCGCAGAAGCUCUGUGAAGGUGUUCUGAAGCAAUUCAAGCGCUUUUCUUGUGGCAUCUCAAUCGCGUCUCUGACUUCUGCUUUCGUUGGGACUCAUGGCCUCCCCAAAAGGUCCGGUUGCGACAGAAGCCCCGCCCUUCUCAUCCUCAACCGUCUCUCAACCAUCGCCCAUCUCAGCAGACUCGCUGCAAUCGCUGCAGGCCGACGCGAGUCGCGCCGCCGCGACUCUCAAGAGAGCGCGGGAGGGUACCCCAACGUCGCCUAGCUCGGCCAUUGCGACACAGCUUACCGCUGAUUACUCGCCCUCCAAGGUUGCCAAGCUUGCCCACUUGGCCUCUAUACGAUCCCCUGCUCCACUUACAGGUGCUGCGGCCCUUGAAGACGAGCGAAGGAGGGAGGAGGAAGAAUACAGAUUGCGAGUGUCUGGCGCGAGCGAGAACCCCGCAUACAAGGUACAGGCGGAACUAAUGUCGGCUGGCGCACUUGGGUUGAGCAGGCCGCAGGAUGCGCCCGUGAGCCUGGAAGGCCUUCCGGCGGUCACAAUACCGACCACAACGGUCAAUGACAGCGAACCCCAAGCAGACACGAGCCCUACUACCACAAGUAUGAGCGGGGUGAGCGGCGCCGUCACGGCGAGCCCAGCACCAAUGGAUAUAGACCCCCAGCUUGAACGAGCUGGGUACAUUCCGCAGCCACAGGCUCAGAUGGAAGAAAAGGAGAACACCUCAUUAUCGUAUCCCGGGCUCGUAAGUGCGGCGACGGCGGCAACGCAAAUGCCUGCACCGCCGCCGCGUGGUUCAAGUCUGCCCAUGACCCCUGGGCAGCAGGUUGGAGCGAGAUCUCCUAGCUCAAAAAAGCACAAAUGCCCGUACUGUGAAACCGAAUUUACACGCCACCAUAAUCUCAAAAGCCACCUGUUAACACACAGCCAAGAAAAGCCUUACGCAUGUAACGUGUGUCAAAUGCGCUUUCGACGGCUACACGAUCUUAAGCGACAUAGCAAGCUGCAUACCGGCGAGAAGCCGCAUAUCUGUCCCAAGUGCGAUCGAAAGUUCGCCCGUGGUGAUGCAUUGGCUCGUCAUAGCAAGGGUCCAGGUGGCUGCGUGAGCCGAAGAGGUAGUAUGUUUGGAGAUGAUGAGUUCGGAGAUGCGAGCCACCUAGAAGGUGAUUCGUCCAUGUCUGGAGUGGUGUAUGACGGCAGCAACGAGGGUGACAUGACUGAAGAAGAUCGGCGGCGUCUGAGUCUACCCAAUCCGACUAUCAAAUCGCAGCAUGCGCAGGGAAACCAAGCUAUUCAAGAGGGUUAUGCAACACACUCUAGAACAUACCCCCCUCCACCUACUGCCCCCGGUGGUCGUUUGUUUCCGCCGAAUGUCGAGCACGGCUCUGUGAACUCGGCUACGCCCGGCGCGGCGCCAACCCCGGGCAAUGCUCCCAUAUUCUCUCAGACCGGCAUGACAGAUAGUCCUAAACCGCUAAGCCCGGGUCAUGCGCAGGAUGGCAACAUCAACAGACAACGGUCGCCAAGUCUCGCGACGCAGUUCCAGCAGCAACAAUUCGGUCGGCACCAAACAGAUCGCCAGACCCCACCAGUGCCGGGAUUUGUCGCAAGUGAUGGGCGCUACGCCGCACAGAGCGGUACCCAGGGUGCUGCUGAAGCUGCACAGGCUGGCGCAACAGUGCAGAGUAGUGCACCUCAAGCGACUAGCGGUCUCGGCGAGAAUGGCGAUGGCAGCACCAACAAUCUAUUUGCCUCGGACCAAGGUAUUUGGGUGUAUAUCCACAACUUGGAAGAGAGUCUCAAAGAACUAUCUGGACGGGUAGCGACCCUCGAGCAGACGGAGAGAUCGCAAGAAGAGCGGGUCGUCCAACUGACCGAUGAAGUAACGAUGCUUAGAGCUCAGCUUGAGCCCAAGUCGGACGUGAUGGUGCCGGAACCUGCAAUCAGUUAGUCGUGUGUUGUGGAUUUGAGCCCAUUCUGCUACAAGCACGGAGAUAUUUACAUGAUGGUUCCGGCGUUGUCGACUGUAAGACGCGUCAGCGUUUGGUGAUGAGAUGCAAUUAUGCAUAGAGGACAAAAGGGGUGCAUUUGCAUUUGUGCUGUUGGCGUAUUUUCAUCGGUUAUCGUGCACAGAUGGAAGGCGUUUUAGGAUCAAGGACGGUGUUCUAUUC